AUGUCCGGACUCGGCAAAGGCGGCAAGGCAAAGGGCAAGAGCAAGACGCGUUCCAGCCGCGCGGGUCUCCAGUUCCCCGUGGGCCGUAUCCACCGUCUCCUGCGCAAGGGAAACUACGCCGAGCGCGUCGGAGCGGGCGCUCCCGUCUACCUCGCGGCCGUCCUCGAGUACCUGGCUGCCGAAGUGCUCGAGCUCGCUGGCGACGCGGCUCGUGACGACAAGAAGACCAGGAUCAUGCCCCGCCACCUGCAGCUCGCCAUCCGCAACGACGAGGAGCUGAACAAGCUGCUCUCCGGCGUGACGAUCGCGCAGGGCGGCGUCUUGCCCAACAUCCAAGCUGUGCUUCUCCCAAAGAAGACCGAGAAGAAGGCGUAA